CGGUGCUUGAGGAGAGGCCAGUCUUCCGCUGUUGCCAGGGGAGACCGCCGCAAGGAGGCGGAAAUUGCCGAGGGAGGCGGGGAGUGCCGAGGCCGCACGCCGGAAGGGCUCGCUGCCAUGGCGUCCCCGGGCCCCGCGAGUCGCUUCUGGUGCUCGUGUCCCGAGGUGCCCUCCGCCACAUUCUUCACCGCCCUGCUCUCGCUGCUGGUGUCGGGCCCCCGCCUGUUCCUGCUGCAGCCGCCUCUGGCGCCCUCGGGGCUGUCUCUGCGCUCCGAGGCCCUGCGCAACUGGCAAGUUUACAGGCUGGUGACCUACAUCUUCGUCUACGAAAACCCGGUCUCCCUGCUUUGCGGUGCCAUCAUCAUCUGGCGCUUUGCUGGCAACUUUGAGAGGACCGUGGGCACCGUCCGCCAUUGCUUCUUCACCUUGAUCUUUACAGUCUUCUCCGCCAUCAUCUACCUGUCAUUUGAGUCUGUGUCCUCACUGUCUAAGCUGGGGGAGGUGGAGGAUGCCAGAGGGUUCACCCCAGUAGCUUUUGCCAUGCUGGGAGUCACCUCGGUCCGCUCUCGCAUGAGGCGGGCCCUGGUGUUCGGGGUGGUGGUGCCUUCCGUCCUUGUGCCGUGGCUGCUGCUGUGUGCCUCCUGGCUUAUCCCUCAGACCUCCUUCCUCAGUAACGUCUCUGGCCUUUUGAUCGGCCUGUCCUAUGGCCUCACUUACUGCUACUCCCUCGACCUCUCGGAGCGAGUAGCCCUGAAGCUUGAUCAGAAGUUCCCCUUCAGCAUCAUGAGGAGGAUCCCCUUGUUCAAGUACAUCUCAGGUUCUUCUGCCGAAAGAAGAGCAGCCCAGAGCCGUAGGCUGAACCCUGCACCUGGCUCCUACCCCACACAGAGUUGCCACCCUCAUCUGACUCCAAGUUACCCUGUCACCCAGAUGCAGCAUGCCAGUGGCCAGAAACUGGCCUCCUGGCCUCCUGGCCACAUGCCCAGCCUACCUCCAUACCAGCCUGCUUCCGGCCUGUGUUAUGUGCAGAACCACUUUGGUCCUAACCCCAGUACCUCCAGUGUGUACCCAGCUUCUGCAGGGACCUCCCAGGGGGUACAGCCUCCCUCCCCCAUCAGCUGUCCUGGCACUGUGUAUUCCGGGGCCCCGGGCACCCCAGGGGCUACGGGCUCCAAGGAGUCUUCCAAGGUAGUCUUGCCCUAACCAGUCUGCAGAGGCGGCAUCCACCGUGGUGAGCAGAGGGAGGUUCUGAGAAUUGAAGAGCAUGCCGGCCUGUCCUCAUGGCUGCCUGGGGGUUAAGGCCAAUGGGUCAAAAGGUCAAGGUCCGGCUGGGCUCCAGAGUAAGUUCAAGGCCAGCCUAGGCUGUGUAUAGUAAAACCCUAUCUCAGAAUGAAUAACAGUGGCUGGGACUGGGGCUCUGGUAGAGUGCUUACUUAGCAUAAUUAAGGCCCUGAGUCCUCAGCUCCACAAAAAAACAAAAAGGAAUUACUAAUUAGAUACCUCUGUGCCAGCUCGGUCAAGUACUUUGAUAAAUGUCCCUGUAUCUGAGCCGUUGCGCCUCAAGGCAGCCCUAGAAAGUAGAAGCUGGGUGGUGUAAUCUCAGCUAUGAUCAAGGCAGUGUCAGAAGUUUAAGGUCAGCCCCAGCUAUAGUGGGUUUGAGGCUUGCUCCUCGGGCAGAUGUGAGAAUUCUCGAGGAUCAUGGAGUCUUGAGGCCCCAAUGAUACUGCUGGGCUUCUUGGUUCCUAAUCCAGUGUCCUGAAAAGGUGUGGUUGUCAUCGGCUGCCAGGGACUCUUGCCGUCCUACCCAUCCCGCCCUGCUCAGUGCCCAUGGGUCCUUGCUGUGUCUGGUGUGACUGUACCGGGCAGUCCGUGUAACAUCAUCUUCCCUGCAGCCACAGCUGAUGGGACUUCUGCCUGACUGGUGACCUGCAGCAGCAGGCUAAUGAUCACCCUGUGAGUCACCUCUGUAUAAAAACCAGCCUCCAACCUGCCAGUGAUGUGUGGCGUGCUGUGUUCAGUCCAGAGCGGGCGUGACACCAAAAAGCUGUGAGGAGCCAGAAUCACAUCCAGUCUGUCGCCCGUGCUCAGCCGUCUGCAAUGAAGACCUAACCGGGGUGGGUGGGGGACAAUGAAAUCGAGAGUUGAUCAAUCCAGAGAUGGGUACAAGUGAGUGAGAGACUGUCUCAUAAAAUAAUUUUCUUUUUAAUAAAAAUAAGCUGAGUGUGGUGGCACAUGCCUUUAAUCUUAGCAUGUAGGAGGCAGAGACAGUGGAUCUGAGUUUGAAGCCAGCCUGGUCUAUGUAUUGAGUCCCAGGAUAUCCAGGGCUAUAUAGUGAGACCCUUUCUCUAAAAAUAACAGAAAGCCAGGUACGG